AGCACUUGCCUAGCGGUCUUCAGGACCUUUGACCGCAAUGGUGACGGCCACAUCAACCGCACCGAGCUUCAAGAAGCACUGAAAUCUGAAUCCUUUAAGGAUUUGGAUUUCAAUCUCUUUCCUGCGAUUGAAGAGGUGUUGGCCUCCGAUCAGGACGGAGAUGUCACGCUGGAUUUUGAAGAGUUCAAGGCCAUGAUGCGAGACUCUUCUAGCGCAGACGUGCAGAAAUUGUCCAGAGAUCGUGUAAAACAAAAGGAUGUUCUGAAGAAGAAGCCGCAGGAUUCUUGGGCACAUAAAGCCUGAACUCGGUAAAGUAGUGAAAGCUUUAGGCAGCAGCAGAAACAGAUAGCGACAGCACUUGCCACAUCCUCGGCCAAAGGCCAGUGAUAGUGGUGGACCGCUGAUGAAAAAGACUGUGCAGCGGCAGAAGGGCACAUGUUCGCGCAAAAGGUUCGGGUCAUUCCAAAAACAACUCUUGAUUUUUGUUUCGCAGGAGUCCUGGAUUUUUUUAUCCAGUGUGAUCCAGU